UCGCGACAGUGGCGAACACACUUCCGGUACUUACGGGCGCCACAGUAACUGGAAGGACGAGAGAAAGGCGUUUCAAGUGCACGAUCAAGCCCUCGCACCAAAAGAAGUGCCCGCGCACCCAGCUGCUGGAAGUUGGAGAGUGUGUGGGGAUAUGUAACUGAACAGAGAGCGCUGAAGCACAAAAUAACUAUCAGCGCACUGCGAAUCUUAUGGAAUAAAAUGGACGCGAGAGAAACAUGUCGGGCAAUGAGGGAAAGGCUAGCCGGUAACAUGGAGCGUAUCAUGAAAGCGACUUCCCGGACUAUCCUGGACAAACUGGGAGAGUUGAGGAGUGAAGUGAUUCACCUAGAAAGUGACAUUUGGAAGACAGGAGACGCCUUUGAUGACUUUGCGUACCUCGUAGCGGAUGGGGCAGUGCAGGCAGCGAUGCAAAUACUGAUGAUCGAAUUUGAAGACUUUAUAAAAGGGAAAUUUGUACAUUUCCAAACAAAAAUAACAGAAUAUGAAACCAUAAUUGAAAGGUUGCGGCAGUGUGUUGAAACGUCUAGGAGUAGCCUGGGAGCAAAGCGGCGAGAUGUGAUUUGUGCAGACGGGAUCAUACUACGACAGUCGCAGCCUAGUGAAGAUUCCGGAGGUCCUGGAGCUGUAGACGGACAGUCUGUCACGGCGGGCGGUUCGACGCGUCUGACUAGUGGAUGCAAACAGGAGCCUGAUCUGUCAGACUCCACGGAGAUGAAGAGCAACUGUAGUUUAGUCGAUCUCAGCACAAGCUCCCCGAGGUCUUACCGCAACUGUGAAAUGAAGAGGAGCCGCAGAAGCAGAGAUCAAGUCCAUCCGGAGACCACUUUUCAUGCUGCAAAUGGCAGGACUCACUUCGGACUGAGACGUUCAGAUUUGGGUGGUGUAAACGUACAGUCUGGCGCAGAUCCCGGCUUUAAAACAGAAGAGGAAGACUCUGAGUUGGUUUUGCGUAAUACUGUCCAAGAGGAUACUCCAGUGGACAUCGAUGUGGUUUCAGACAAUGACGUGGAACAGAAAGCCACCAGCAUUAAUAAAGAAUGUGUGAAUGUGAAAGAAGAGAGCUCAGAGGUAGAACUUUCAUCAAGGCCAAAAGUUGCUGUGGAUUGCAUAGUGAAAGAUACAUUUCCUGUGAGUGCUGUUAAAGAAAGGCAUCAGCUUUUGGCCCGACAGAACUGUGGACCUGUUGAAGAGAAUUCCCCCUUUAAAAUCAGAAAGGACUGUAUGCAGAUGGGAGGUGUGGAAAGGCUACAACAAGUUCAUUUUCUUGACAUGCAGCAUACCUCUGAUGAUUGCUCAGACACUAUGGGUAAUGUAUAUCUCAUCAGGAAACACAGGAGAAGUCACUCAAUAGAUGAACCAUACCAGUGUACUGAAUGUGGGAAAAUGUUCAGGUGGACUGGCAGCCUUAAAAUCCACCAGAGAAUUCACACAGGAGAAAAACCGUAUAAGUGCGCUGAAUGUGGAAAAACGUUUAAUCAAGCUGGGCACCUUAGAAGUCACCAGAAAAUUCACACUAGGGACAAGCCAUUCAAUUGCACCGAAUGUGGAAAGACUUUCAAGUGGGCUUGUAGCCUUAAAAUUCACCAAAGAAUUCACACGGGAGAAAAACCGUACCAGUGUAUAGAAUGUGGCAAGACAUUUAACCAGGCUGGGCACCUCAGUAGUCACCAGAAAAUUCACACUAGAGACAAGCCAUUCAAUUGCAGUGAAUGUGGAAAGACUUUCAAAUGGGCUUGCAGCCUUAAAAUGCACCAAAGAAUCCACACACAGGAGAAACCUUACCAGUGUACAGAAUGUGGGAAGGCAUUCAACCAAAACGUGAACCUUAAACACCACCAGAGAGUACACGCGGGGGACAAGCAAUACCAGUGCGUUGAAUGUGGAGACACUUUCAGAAUGUUUCAGCAUCUUCGAUAUCACCAGAAAAUUCACAUGGGAGAACAACGGUAUUAGGAAAGUAAAUUUACAAAGACAAUGCUCAGACUGAGAAGCCUAAAUUUCAUUAGACACUACUGCUACUAUAAGAGAUGCCCCUUUGGUCUCAGCUUUUUAAAUCCCGGCUGAAGACUCACUACUUCAGUUUAGCACACCCUGACUAGAGCUGCUGAUUAACUGUGCAGACUGCAUCUCUGUUGUUAGUUAUUAACACUAAAACAAAAGUAAUGUGAUAGUUAGAAUUUGUUACUAACCCUCAACUUUUCUGUUUCUUUUCUUGGUACUCAAAUGUGGCACUUGGUGCCACGGCCCACCUGCCAAGUUGUUUUGCCUGCCUAAGGUAAAGUCAUCCCUGAUGGAGGAUCGCAGGAAUCGUCGGGUAGAGAGGUCCUUUCAUCGGAUUGGUUGGCCCAGCGCUGAUUCAGCUGUGGAAUGGCCAAAUGGGGGAGGCAGCUUGAUGGCCGAGGUCUCCAUGACUCUAAACAAUUCCAAAUCCUAUUCUGUGAUAUCAUCUCCUGUUGAAUUCUGCUCUGUGCUUGUAAUAUUUCUAUUGCACUAUUAUAUUGUAUUGAGGAUUACUUGUGUUCUGUUCUGUGUAUUGUAUUGUAUUGUAUUGACCCUCUU